AUGUUGUUCUUCGACUUUGAUUAUUCACAAGCUUUAUCCAUUUUACCAUCUUGCACACUGAGAAGACGGUUUCAUCUUAAUGGCAUGCACAAAUCCGGUGAUGUGAUUCUGGGUGGACUUUUCGAGGUUCACUACACCUCUGUGUUCCCUGAGCUGACGUUCACCUCAGAGCCAAGUGAGCACAUCUGCCAAGGCUUUGACCCCCCAGGGUUCAGACAUGCCAUGACCAUGGCAUUUGCCAUUGAGGAGAUUAACAAAAACCCAACUCUGCUUCCCAAUGUGACUUUGGGAUAUAGCCUUUAUGACAACUGUGCCACAUUGGUAAUUGGAUUCAGUGCGGCUUUGUCACUGGCCAGUGGUCAAGAGGGAGAGUUUCUUCCUCAGGAGAAAUGUUCAGGAGGCCCUCCAGUCCUCGGCAUAGUCGGCGAUUCUUUUUCAACGUUUUCCAUCGCCACGUCCGAUGUGAUAGGCUUAUUCAGACUUCCCAUCGUGAGUUACUUCGCCACGUGUUCUUGCCUAAGUGAUCGCCAAAGGUUUCCGUCCUUUUUCAGGACAAUCCCGAGUGACACUUUUCAGGUGCAUGCAAUGAUUCAGAUUUUAAAACGUUUUGGCUGGAUGUGGGCUGGUCUGCUGGUUAGUGACGACGACUACGGGCUCCAUGUUGCCCAGUCCUUCCAGUCGGAGUUGACUCAAUCUGGGCUGGGUUGUCUUGCAUAUACUGAGAUUUUACCGUGGGGUGAAAACCCAUCUGAGCUACGGAGAAUCGUGGAAGAAAUGAAAAAGUCCACAGCUCGUGUGGUUAUCGUGUUUGCCCAUCAGAUCAAUAUGAUUCAGCUGAUGGAAGAGGUCGUGAAGCAGAACGUGACAGGGCUCCAGUGGAUGGCGAGUGAAGCCUGGGCAUCAGCGGCUGUGCUCCAGACCCCCCGUCUCAUGCCGUACCUGAGUGGCACGCUGGGCAUCGCAAUCCGUCGAGGAGACAUUUUAGGACUUAGAGAUUUCCUCCUGAGCACACGGCCUGGGAAUAGCAGCAACAAUCAGAACACCAUGAUGAGGCAGUUUUGGGAACACACGUUUCAGUGUAGAUUUGCUCCCCCUCCAGCAGACUGGCUAGAAGCUGGGGGAGCAUUAUGCUCCGGUGAAGAAGAUUUGGAGAGUGCACAGACUGAGUUUCUGGAUGUUUCUAACCUCAGGCCUGAAUAUAACAUUUACAAGGCCGUGUAUGCUCUGGCUCACGCCCUCGAUGACAUGCUGCAGUGUCAGUCGGGGAGAGGCCCUUUCAGCGGGCACAGCUGUGCCUCUCUGCAAAAACUGGAGGCUUGGCAGCUAAUGCAUUACUUGGAAAAAGUCAACUUUACCAUUCCCUUUGGGGAUCAAGUGUCAUUUGAUGAGAACGGUGAUGCUCUGCCGAUAUACGACAUCAUGAACUGGCUGUGGCGCCCUGAUGGUGGAGUUCAAGUACUGAAUGUGGGCGUUGUUAAGAAGACAGCUUCUGGUGAUGCUCCUCGGUCGGUGUGCAGUGACACCUGUAAUCCCGGGACUCGCAUGGCGAGGAAGAAGGGCCAACCUGUGUGCUGUUUUGAUUGUGUUCCUUGCUCUGAAGGAAAGAUUAGCAACAAAACAAACUCUGUUGAGUGCUUCAGCUGUCCAGAGGAUUUCUGGUCAAGCCCCCGCCGUGAUCACUGCAUUCUUAAGACAACAGAGUUCCUCUCCUACCAUGAGCCUCUGGGUGUCUGCUUGACCACAGCGUCAUUGCUGGGAACAUGCAUCUGCUCUGCGGUUUUAGGGAUCUUCACCCAUCACCGCAGCACUCCCGUGGUGCGCGCAAACAAUUCAGAGCUGAGCUUUCUGAUUUUGGUGUCGCUCAAGUUGUGCUUCCUGUGUUCGCUGCUGUUCAUCGGACGGCCAAGACUGUGGACAUGCCAGCUGAGACACGCAGCGUUUGGGAUCAGCUUUGUGCUCUGCGUGUCCUGCAUCCUGGUCAAAACCAUGGUGGUUCUGGCCGUGUUCAAAGCCUCCAAGCCAGGAGGGGGAGCCAAUCUCAAGUGGUUUGGUGCUGUGCAACAAAGAGGAACGGUUUUUGCGCUCACAUGCGUUCAAGCGGCAAUUUGCACGGUGUGGAUUGGCACUGCAUCACCAGCACCUCAUAAAAACACUCAGUACCACAAUGACAAGAUCGUUUAUGAGUGUGUCGUUAGGUCCACACUUGGUUUUGCUGUGUUGUUGGGGUAUAUUGGCUUAUUGGCAAUCAUCAGUUUCCUGUUAGCAUUCCUGGGGAGGAAUCUACCGGACAACUUCAACGAGGCCAAACUCAUCACCUUCAGCAUGCUGAUCUUCUGUGCCGUGUGGGUGGCCUUCGUUCCUGCCUACAUCAACUCUCCUGGAAAAUAUGCAGACGCAGUGGAGGUGUUCGCCAUCCUGGCCUCCAGCUUUGGCCUCUUGGUGGCGCUGUUUGGACCUAAAUGUUAUGUAAUCUUGCUGAGACCAGAAAGAAACACCAAGAAAGCCAUCAUGAGUCGAGGAACUGCAAAACCUUGA